UUGCAGCAGAGGCACAGAAGGAGACUGCGAGAGGAGCAGGGAAUUACACACACAAAACACAGCAGAACCAGAACUCCCUCCCCUGGACACACCCUGCUGAGGAUCACUGCUUCUCUUUUUUUUCCUUUCUUCCUCCUCCUCCACUCUGAAUCCAUCACCCACGCCACUCGGAGAGAGAACGCUCUCCCUCAUCAUCAUCGUCCUCAUCACCACCGCCGCCAUCCAGCAGAAAAGCCCCCUUUUCUCCUCCUUUUUUUCACCCUGUAGAGGACACCUACAACCCCACAGGGCUGAGAUCCCCUGAAGAAGACUCUGUUUUUUUUUCCUUUUUUUAUUUUUUUUACAUUUUUUUUCCACUGGGACUCCAAGGCAAAGGGCCGUACUAUCAUUAUUAUUGUAAUAACUACAAUAAUUAUAAUAAUCCAGAAAGGCCGAAGAGCACAGACGCCGUCCGAGCUUCAACACCAGUGCAAAGGAGGACCUAGAUUUUCUUGAAUUGUACGUCAAGAAUGGUUACUCAGAUAAUCAGCACCAUGGAAACCCAGGUGUCCAACGGUCCCAGCGGAACCAGUAUGCCAAACGGUCCAGUCAUCAGCACCAACGGCUCCACGGACGACAGCAAGACCAACCUGAUCGUCAACUACCUGCCGCAGAACAUGACCCAGGAGGAGUUCAAGAGCUUGUUCGGCAGCAUCGGCGAGAUCGAGUCCUGCAAACUGGUGCGAGACAAGAUAACAGGUCAGAGUUUGGGAUACGGGUUUGUAAACUAUGUGGAUCCAAAUGAUGCGGACAAGGCCAUCAACACACUCAACGGUCUCAAACUACAGACUAAAACAAUCAAGGUAUCUUACGCUCGACCAAGCUCAGCGUCCAUUCGUGACGCCAACCUUUAUGUAAGUGGACUCCCCAAGACCAUGAGCCAGAAAGACAUGGAGCAGCUGUUCUCCCAAUACGGCCGCAUCAUCACAUCCCGCAUCCUAGUGGACCAGGUUACAGCAGGCAUAUCACGAGGAGUGGGCUUCAUCCGGUUUGACAAGCGCAACGAGGCGGAGGAGGCCAUCAAAGGUCUGAACGGACAGAAGCCUCUGGGCGCCGCCGAGCCAAUCACUGUCAAGUUCGCAAACAACCCCAGCCAGAAGACGGGCCAGGCCUUACUGACUCAGCUGUACCAGACUGCUGCGCGCCGCUACACGGGGCCCCUGCACCACCAGACUCAGCGUUUCAGCGUGAUCCCUUCACUCGGAAAGGGACCAGAUCCAAAUAACAGCUCAAAACCAAUACUCGACAAUUUACUAAACGCCAGCUACGGAGUCAAGAGUUCUCCUGCUCUCUUCCCCAGAUUCUCGCCCAUCACCAUCGACAGCAUGACCAGCCUGGCCGGGGUCAACCUCACCGGUCCCACCGGCGCCGGCUGGUGCAUCUUUGUGUACAACCUGUCCCCCGAGGCGGACGAGAGCGUCCUGUGGCAGCUCUUUGGGCCCUUCGGCGCCGUCACCAACGUCAAGGUCAUCCGUGACUUCACCACCAACAAAUGUAAGGGCUUUGGCUUCGUCACCAUGACCAACUACGACGAGGCCGCCAUGGCCAUUGCCAGCCUUAACGGCUACCGCCUGGGUGAUCGCGUGCUGCAGGUUUCUUUCAAAACCAGCAAGCAGCACAAGGCCUGAGGGAGAGAGAGAGCGCGGCCGCUGGCACCAGCUCCUUUGACCUGCAGGGGGAGCCACCUGAGCUCCCUGUGCCAUCAACUCUACAUGGGCCUGGACUGAGUCUCUCUCUGACACAUUCUCACACAAAUUCAUAAUAUAUUAUUGCAAACACAGACAUACAGAUAAUCACACACAUAUCCAGACAUGAGCAUAUAUACACACACACACACACACGUCAGAGUUUCAAACAAAAACACACUAGUGGAGUUUUUCUUUUCUCUUUACACAACAUGCUAGUCCUUCCCAAUAUAUUUGCCUGGAUUGAAUUAGAAGAGGGCACGUAGCCGGUUUGUUGGGUCGGGGGCGAGCGCUAUCUAUUUAGGAAGACAGUCUAACGAAUGUGACAGAGAAUGUGUACGGAGUGCUUUGAUUGAAUUCAGGCAAAUAACGACAACCGACGAACAAAAGAAAGCGAUCAAAAAAAAUAAUUUAAAUGAACGAAUAUGUGCAAUUUAACCCAAACUCUUACCCCCCCCACCAUCUCUCCCACUAUCCUGCUGGAGAGGAUGUCGUCACUUUUUUUACACUUGGGCAUUUUGAAUCAGCGAUUUUUUUAGAUCAAAGAAAAAUGAAAUUAAAAAACAGUGUUCUCUUAUAUACGUCUAUCAAAAAUAUAACUAUAUAUUCAAUAUUUAAGGUGGUUAUAAUAGCCGAGUAUGUAAGCAUUUUCUAGAAACUUUGACUACUGUUUCCUGACCUGCAUUAGGUGGUGCCUAGCGUUCAAAAAAAGAAAAAAGAAAAAGGCAGUUUCUCUACCCCCCUUUGAUUGAGGAUAACAGUAAUUAAUAUGGUCACAGAGAAGAGUCGUCCAAAGGCCAUGAGAAUCACGCUCUCCCUCACAGUCUCACACAAUCGUCACUUGCGUAUCACAGAAAACACAGUUGAGUAACUAGAAAAUACACGCGUUUAGUCCACAGACACACACACACACACAAAGGAUAUUCUCAAGACGGACUCAACACAGGCAGACUGUCGGUGAACAAAGGCAGUAUGUACUCGCAUGGCGACGGUGUUCAUUAGCGAUUCUCUCGUGGGCAAGAGAGCGACGAACUCGAGAGGCAAACGGUUUCACCACAACACAGCCACGUUACAGGGAAAAUACCGGUGUCCUUUCACUUUUUGCAUCGUUUAAAAAAAAUACAAAAACAAAUAUUGCACCUUUACUGUAACCUCGUCCAUGCGCCAUUUUCCUUUGCACGGCUUUGUCGGCCAUGAUUCGGUGAGAGAUCCCUUUAACUGACGCGACGACAUCAAUACAUAACGCAAAGCAAGACGUAUGAGUUGUUCUCACUGGGCUGCUUUGAAUUUGAAUGUAACUGCGCUUCAAAAAAAAAAAAAAAGAAGAAGGAAAGAUUUGAGCAGAUGGAAACAGGAGAUUCAGUCAUUAAGAUCAAAAAAAGUCGAACAACCCACCCAUGGACCGAGCAAUGGUCUAGACAGGUUUGCACAGAUGAGCAAAAACCCAAGAGCACCGGUAUUAUUCUUCAGUCGAGUGCACACGUACAAGCGCGCUCAGUAAAUGAGGUCAAAGUUUUGCAUUUCAGCAGAAUACGUCAGCUCUCGUGUAACAGUAACGCACAGAGCGGAUAAAAACGGGGACUGCGGUCCCCGAUGGGCUCAGCGUGGAGUCACACGUGUGAGCAACGAUGUGUGGCGACGUUCGAAUUAUCACGGAAACCUUUGAGGAGACAGAUUACCGGGUUCCUCCAGCUUCUCCCUCAGUUUUAUUUAAAGCCCCCCCCCCUCUCUAUCCGCUUUGAAAGCUUGGUGCCCUCUCAAAAGACGACCGCGAAUAAGUGUCACAAUUACGUUUAUUUGCUUCAGAGCUGUUUGGCGCUACCACGAGAAUAGCAGUUCUCAAAAUAUGUGCGCGGAGAAUGAUUUAUGGCACCCUGAUGAAACGUUUAAGGCCAUCCCGUCAAGUUGAAAUGUCUGUUGAAGACCAGACUUGGAGAGCGAGAGAGAGAGAGAGAGAGAGAGAGCCGUCUUUCACGAUCAAGACGUCUGCACAUAGACAAAUAGAUUAAAUAGGGUCAACUAUAUUCAAGACAUUUUGCUUUUGCUUUUUCUAAAUGACGCUGUGUUAGCCAAAGAGGACGAUCUCUUUGAAAGGAUUACAUUAGAGAUAAAUCUAUUUUUAUACAUACAAAAGAACAAGACCUUGUGCUGAAUUUUUACAGAUUCUUAAGCUUGGAAAAAUUGGGACAUCGCAUGGCUUUAUUUUGAACCCUCUGAAUCUUUCCAGAGCAAGGGGGAAAACAAGCAUGCGGUGUUUGGGUGGGGAUUUCGGGACGGGGCGAAGGAACAUUGUAUCUCAUACGAAACCUAACCAUUCAACCACAUCCAAAACAAGUGAAACACAUGGAACUAGAACAAAUUUGGUGUAAAAAAAAGAAAAAGAAAAUAGAAUUAAAGAGUUAAGGGUACAUCUAUACUUCUGAGUGACACCUCUAGUCCUGAUAUCGUGUACAGUGUGAAGUGAAGUUCUUUGACAGAAGCAGCUCGUAGUCCAGCUGAAAAACACCCAAAUUAAGAAAACACAAUUAAAAAUCCUGAGCGUAGACCACUCAAACAGUUUAACGUGAACAUUGAGCAUGAUUUUGUUUAGCGGAGAGAUAGAUUGGAUUUUUGCCAAAGAAUUGCUUUGCAAGUCAGUAGCAAGAAGGAUAAUAAUUAAGACGAUCUAUAUUAUUCCCUGAGUAUUUGCUGUACAAAUCUAUGUUAUUUAUUGAACACGGACCCUCUACGAUUUCAGUUAUCGUUACUUUUUGAAUAUCUAAGUUGCGCAUAUCAGUUUGCAUUUGAAAGAAAAUCCUACUAACAAACGGCGGCGACGGAAACAGCCGCAAGCAUUUGCACACAUGUAAUUCUAGACAAAAACAGCAUAUCAGAAAUCAGUGUGACAAAAAAUCGAUAAGCAUCCAUAUCACAUAAUUCCCCCUUCAACAUUUAUAUCAUCUGCUUUGUCUUGUGACCGAUUUAAUCCUUUAGAACAGAGGUCUCAAACUUGCCCCGCCACUUAAAAUCACCUUAAAAUCUGCAUAUUUGAUUGGGCCGAGAUUACAACCUCUCAUUUAUGACCGGCACGAGGAGUACACUGGAUGUGCGCGCCCCGUCGCGACAUACUUGGACCCUGGAUUGGUCACCAGUCCAUCACAGGGCAGCCAAUCAUUCACUCUCGCACCUACGGUCAAUCUAGAGUGUGUCCAAUUUGCUUAAUUGCCUCCAUAUUGCAAGUUUUGGGGACACACACAGGGAGAACUUGCAAACUCCACGCAGAAAGGCGCCAGAAAAACCCGGGGUCUUCAUGCUAACCACUACACCAACCGCGUGGCCCACGAUGGAAUAUUGAUAUUCAAUCUACCCUCAUUCGAGUUUGAGACCCCUGCUUUAAAACCCAUUAACGCCACACUUACUCACACACACGUCACCAAUCGGACUCGAAAACCAUUUUCACUCUUUUAAGAAUACUGUGCGCACGCAGCUGACCGCAUCGAGACUCAUCAAGCCGUUUUUGGGUUGAGCGAUUUGUAGGAGGACCGAGAACUCCGACGAAACCGGUGAUAGACGUGAAGAAGAAGAACCGCGCGGGCGCGCCAACAGGCCGCCGCGUUGGGAGCUGUUUACCCCAGCCAUGUCCACACAGACCACACCCACAAACCCGAGACCGUCUUUCAUACACCAGUCUAUACCAAGACCUACACCUAAUGUACAGUCGAGAGAGAAAUACCAUAGGACCGUGGCAGGAAACAGUACUACACUGCUUGAGCAACAACAAUAAUCAUUUAAAAUACAAAAAAAAGACAAAAAAACUUUCCUAUGGAACAGUAAGUGCAAUGUGCUUUGUUUUUAUAUAUUGACUUGAGAACAAAUGAUAUAUAUUUUUAAAAAAAGAAACUAAACGUCACACUGAAAAGGUUUGCGGAAACGAGCGAAAGGAGCAGAAGAUUUAAAAAAAAAGAAAAAAGAAAAAGAAACCAUGAGCAGACUCAUUCAGAAAAUCAAGCAAAACAAGCAUCGAGAGCUCUGAUCUAGAUUCAAUCUCCACGAUCACUUCCUCAGCCCCGAAUUCGUGCUCUGACCAUGCAAGCUCAAACAAAGUGCAUAUUUGAUGACUCAACCUCGAAAAUUCGACGACCUCGAAAGGAAUACUGUCUAAUAUAUCAUCAGUUUUUAGCCCAUGUCAACUUUCAGAUAUCAUUUUUACUUUCCUGUAAUUUAUUGAUUUCAUUUACAUAUCAAGACUCACUUGUUAAAUUAGCGUAAUUUGUGUUGUUGAUGUUGCCAUAGAGAACACACAUGGGUCAAAGAUUUUGUUUGGUUGCAUUGAUUGGGUACAGUUUGUUAAUUUUUCUUCCAUUACUUGAUUAGUUGCAGUUUUUACAGUGUAUGCAGAUUUUAGACUUAGUUAGACUCUUUUUAUUUUCAAUCAAACUGUGUUCAAUUGUGUUUGUAAAAGUCUGUGGUAGCUUUUGUUGCAACAUAAAAAUAAUUUAAACAGAAAAAAUUUCAAAAUAGCGCCAACAAACUUGUAUUAUUUGGGCGACUUUAAGCUUGUAGUUUUAACUUAUUGUUAACUUAAAAACUAUUUAUUAUGAUUAUUAUUAUUAUUAUUGCCUCGUACAAAGUAUGUUUUUGUGUAUAUUUAUGGUUUAUUUCGUUCUAUUUGCAAGUUUAAAAAAGAUUUUAAGUUUGCCAAAAUUGUGGUUACACCAUUUCCGUUUCUUAAAAAGGGGGACAAAUAGAAAAAAACAGCUUUAGAAGUACGAUUUGGAAACGUUCUCCAUAGUCAAAGAAUGCACUGCUAUAUUUAACUAAUUGAAGUGUAUAAACAUACAUGCUGUGUGCUAGAUGUUAUGCCUUUACUGCCUGUGUUCUGUUUGUCUUGUUAAAUGAAAAUCUUUUAAUUAUUUAAUCUAAUCACAGUCUUGUUUUUUCAACCACUCGGCGAACCCCCUGACACGUGUGUGUAUUCAGCCAGCGACGGAGACGUCCCGGGUUUGAAAACGCUCUCAAGAUGCUUUCCUGUUUAAGCUGAUGGGUUGAAUUGUUUUUAAAAAAAUGUUAUAAAAAAAAAAGGGUAAAAGCUUCGCGAUACUGACAUCAUCUGCAUCCAAAAUCGAUAUCAAUUUGAGCUCCUGAAACAAAAGAUGUGAUUCGGAAACCCGGCCAAGAGCUCUGGCAAAGCAUAACAGAGCUCAGAAGGGAAAAAAGAAGCUGCAGGAAGGUUUUCUUGGGAGUCUCUAGGGUAGUAAAGGGGCGAGUGGUCCUUCUGUUUCUCAACCAACUGUAUUUUGUGUCUAUUUAUUUAGAAGAGGGGACGCAGUAACUUAGUGAUGUUUUUCUUACAUUUUCCUGGAAUGGUAGAACAAAUCAAAAAGGUGAAAAUGAUCAAAACAGCCCUGCUGACGCCACUGAUCGGCGGGGUGGGGGGAAAGAAACACAAAAUCUCAUACUUCCAAACACGACCAAAUGAACAAUGUCAAAAUUAAAACAAACGAAGAAGAAAAAAAA